CAGGCACAGUUGGUGACGACUAUUAUGAAAAUGGCCUCGACCCUGCCCGUGAGCUCGAACAACCGGGGAAGAUGACGACGCUGGGCGGUUUAAGUGAGCGGAACACCGGUGUGACUUGUGAGAACACGGAGGGAACAGUGAGGUGAACCAACACAGGAAGACUGUCGGCAGAGAAACGUCCAGAAACACCGCUGCAUUUUUUCCGCUGGGCUGGCUGGGAAGAGCCACCAUGGAGGAUAUCAACUCGAAUAUCAACGCGGACCUGGAGGUGCGGAAGCUCCAGGACUUGGUGAAGAAGCUCGAGCAGCAGAACGAGCAGCUCCGGAGCAGGUCCACCAUGUUGUCUACGUCCGGAGGGAUGACACAGAACCACAGACCCCUCAGCGACGGCUACGACUCCUCGUCCCUGUCCGCGGGGAUGGCAGCCGGGCUGGCCGGCUUCCCCGGGGUGGGGUUCGCCGGGACGGGAGGCUACGGGGGGCUGCUGGAGAACAACCGCUGCCGGAGCCCCAGACUCUCCUACGACGGCAUCAGUUUCCGGAGGCCGUACGAGUGCGAGGGGGCAUCGGCUGCCACCUCCGUGUCGAGCAGAAACUCACUUUACUCAGACACCGCCGGGAGCUUCGCGGGCGAGAUGGAAACAUCGGUGCUGGACGAGGUGGACAUCUUGGACCUGGAGGACAUGGAUUGUCUGAACGAAGACGAGGACAGCUGGCUAUAUGAGACGAAGCUGGACAGUCCCCUGCAAAAAACCUUGAGUCCCAUCGUGUGGUGUCGCCAAGCACUGGACCACCCCAGUCCUGAGAUGGAGUUGGCCAAGCGCUCCCUCAUCCACAGACUGGACGUCACCAUGUCAGCCAACAAGCGCAGAAGCCUGUAUGGAAGCCCCUACAACCAGCAGGGCUAUGGAAGCCCGUACAGCACAAACGCAGCCAACAGCCCUUAUAGCAGUGGCUUCAACUCGCCCUCCUCAACUCCCAGCAGAGUGCCCAUAGUCAGACAGCAACUCAUGCCUGGGAACGCAGCCCACCAGAGAAACGCAGCGGCCGAGAGGAAUCCUCCGGCAAUUAGUCCACAGUCGUCUGUGGACAGUGAGCUGAGCACGUCAGAAAUGGACGACGACUCCGUGGGCUCCUCAACUACUUACAAACUCAACGACGUCACUGAUGUGCAGAUACUUGCUCGCAUGCAGGAGGAGAGUUUGAGACAGGACUAUGCCGCAACAGCAUCCAGACGAAGCUCGGGUUCUUCCUGCCACUCGCUACGGCGCAGCACCUUCAGCGACCAGGAGUUAGAUACACACAGUCUGGAGGACGAUGAGGAGGCGGUGCACCCGGCCUUCCACCUGCCGUCCAACCGCUUCAGCCCCUCCCCCCGACACUCUCCACGCGCCUCUCCCAGGAAUUCACCUCGCUCACGCUCCCCUGCCCGUUCCAUUGAGUACAGCCACGGCCGCGGCUCGCCUCAGCCCAGCAUCAGCCGCCUGCAGCAGCCUCGCCACUCGCUGCAGGGUCACGACCUGCAGACCAGUGUGGUGAAGAAUGAAGAAAAGCUGCGUCGCAGUCUCCCCAACCUCACGCGCUUCUCAGCAGCGACCCAGCCCCCGGCGCAAGAGCCUGUCAAGAACAGCCGCAGCUGCGAGUCCAACCUGCAAGUGGCAAAUGGAGGCUCUCCUCGACACCAGAACCAGUCUGCUACAGCAGCUCAACUCCCGAGAUACUCAACCCCCUCGCGCUCCUCCCCGAAACCCAAACAGCACCUCCAAAGCCCAACGGCCCUGCGAGUCCCCUCUCCCAGUAAGCUGCGAACUCCCGCCACCCCGUCCCCUCUGGCCUUGAGGCAGCCCGUAAAGGCCACACCCAACCCUGGUUCUGCCACCUCCACCCCCACCCGCUCCCUGGCUCCUCCACGCAGUGGCCUACCCCGUCCGAAUGCUUCUGCAGGAGGCGGCAUCCCUCUGCCUCGCAGCAAACUGGCUCAGCCUGUGCGCAGAUCUCUUCCUGCUCCUCGGAACUACGGCGGCUUGGGUGAAAACUGGAGAGAAGGUUGUUACUGAGGCCGGCCAGCAGGGGGCUCUCCAGUCAAACUAUCAACAUAAGGAGGCAGACAUUACAACAUGGCACUUUAUCUACCUAGAUAACUUUUACAGUGGAGAAAGAAAAUGAGAGACAAUGUCCCACAAAUAUAAAUAAUUAAGAAUUUAAAAAAGGGGAGGACUGUGUCAAACACACACGGUGUCCAAGAGGACGUCCCGGCGUGUUUCUGUGUGGGGACUGGCACUGGAGGAGUCAGGCAUGUCACGCAAACAGCCCAUUAAAUGCCAAAGAAACCAGGCCGACUCCAGCUCCGCCAGCAGAGGACACGUCACCUGCCUUGGUUUGACUGCAUUCAUAUGCCUGAGUGUCAUAUCAGCCCAUGGCCCUGCUCUCCUCCCACUCCUCUGCUCUGUUCUUUCAUCUCCCUCAGGUUGAAAUGUUUCCGCACAUUUCUCUCUUUAUGCUCUGUGUUCAACACGUGUUGCACAGCAAUCGAUCGCUAUGACGACGCUGUGCAGCUGAACUGUCCCGUGAUGUUAGAGGUUCGGUGGUGUCUUGCAACAGUGAACGCACCUGUGUGGGUAUGACUCUGAAAAGAAUCUUUACUCUUGUAAAAUCAGCCAGAAUGUAUGCACAAAUUUGUUUUGGAAAAUUAUUUAUUCAAAUUAUUUAAGAAGCGUAUGUCCAAACAUCCAUAUCAGUAUUUUGUUUGAAGAUUUCAGCUGUUUGAAAUGUACAUUUUGAACCUCAGUUGCAAGCUAAAUCUCCAAAGCCUUUAUUAUGUUUUCAGAGCGUCCAAUCAGGAUUCUUGAUGAAGCCGGGUGAUUAAUGACCACUCGGAAAAAGCAUCAGUUCUGCAUUGAACCACACUUUGCCAAGUUAUAUUUUCCCCCUUAAGUGCUCCGAUUGGUCAGUUUCAGUUCAAGCAUGACUUAUCAAAUAUCUCAAAUAUAUAUAUUCCGUCAAGCAUUCAGCCAAUUAAACCAAGAAAAUGUUUUAUGUUCUUGAAAUUCCCACAACAGAUUUGUCAGUGUAUAUCAAAUCAUGUACUGAAAAAAAUCUCACAAAUAUCUCUCGAGUAAGAUGAGAUGACGAGUUGAAUACAUUUCGGCUGGCUCUGACCUCUUGUGCUAUGAAUCAAAAGGUGUGCCGGUGUAAGUGGAGGUGUUCCAGUAAAUGGUGUGGUGGCUGUUCUUCAACUAGUGCCUAUAAUUUAAUGUUUCACUUGAGUUUGAACAUCAUGUUUUCUAUGUUUUACAAGUUUGUGCUAACUUUCUUGCUUUGCCAAUAUUAUUUGCGAUUUUGCAUCUCUGCUUGACUGAUUUGCUUGCCUGUUUGAUUUUUUUGUAAUCGAUACAUUUAUAAUUGCUUUAAAAAAAAAAAGGUUUAUUAUGCGCCUUCAUAUUUAUAACUAAUUACGCAUUCUGUAAAUUAAACUAUUUAUUAAAGAGAGAGGUGCCUCUGUCAAAGCUCAGAUUCGGGAAGUCAGAACGAAUGGUGCAAAAAAGACAAACUACACCUUUUGUGUGAAAGUUUUUGUUAUUGAACUUUUUUUUAUAUCCACAAACAUGACAUUCUGUUUCCCUGUGUAAAGCCACAUUUCAAAUAAAAGUAAAAAAAAGUU